AAAGAAUGAGCAACGAAAUAUAAUCAGUAUUAAUUAGUAUUCUUAAUAUAACAUCAAAUGCGCACUAUUUUAUUUAUGAAAAAUACGCAUUAGCUAUGAAUUACUCUCAAGAAGAAAUAGAACAAAAACGUUUAUUGGCUUUACAACGUAAAAAACAAGCUCAAGUAAAGAAUACUUCAUUUAACUCUACUGUCAGCAGAAACAGUAUUUCUCCUGCUAAUAACCAUGCUAUAUUCGAUCAAAAUAAGUCAACGAAUACAGUUAAACCUUUUGAACAUUACGAAGCAAAGGAUGCUCAAGUCAAAUCAAAAUUUGCGUAUCAUUCAAAUACUCCAAAAUUUAAUAAACAAAAGGAACGUUUCAAUCCAAUGUCCACACAGAAAUUCUUUGGUCAAAAGUCACGUAUCACAGGAAACUGUUACAUGAUAAGCGAUGAUAGAUUUACUUUAGAAACAUCGUCAUAUUUUCCUCCACUUAUAGAGACUUUAAAAACAAUUCCAAGCAGAUCGUAUGAUAUGAAAGCCAAAACUUGGAAUUUUCAUUUGAAAGAUUAUGAAACACUAAUGGAGAAAGUGAUUAAUUUCAAAUCUGAUGUACAAAUAGUAGGAUUGCCAAAAUUAGUUAUUGAGUUAUUCAAAAAAUAUACCAGUUCAGAGAGUACUGAUGAGAAUAUUGACUUAUCAAGAAUUGAUCCUCAAUUAUUGGCAAGUUUGAUGCCCUUUCAACGUAAAGGAAUAUGCUAUGGGAUUUCUAAAAACGGUCGUUGCAUGAUUGCUGAUGAUAUGGGUUUAGGGAAAACCAUUCAAGCACUGGGUAUUGCCCAUUACUUUAAAAGGAAUUGGCCUCUUCUUAUUGUUGUACCAUCUUCAGUCAGAUAUCAAUGGGCAGAUGCUAUAUAUAGGUUUUUACCAUCUGUUCCUGCCCAGUAUGUUCAUCAAUUUUCAAGUAUGAAAGAUUUUAUGACCAACAGCAAAAUUGUUAUUACAACUUAUGAUCUCUUAGUACGAGCUGUGAACGCAUUUGAACGACAAACAUUUGGCUUCGUCAUUUUGGACGAAUCUCACGCUUUAAAAAGUGUUAAGACUGCUAGAUUUAAGGCUGCACAACGUGUAGUUUCACAAGCAUGCAACGUUAUUUUACUUUCCGGAACACCGGCAUUAUCACGACCUAUAGAGCUAUAUUCUCAGAUAAAUCUUAUAAGGCCAAAUUUCAUGAGUUAUCAGGAUUACGGAAUUCGGUACUGUGCGGGAGAAAAGAAAGGAUUCGGUUGGGAUUUUACAGGGUCAUCAAAUAUGCAAGAAUUGCAACUAUUAUUAAAACACACAUGCGUAAUUCGAAGAUUAAAAAGUGAAGUAUUACGUGAAUUACCAACAAAAAAGAGGGAAGUGAUUGUAUUAGAUCCAGACUUAAUAAAAAACUCUACCAAAGAAAUGAAAGAAAUAUCCGCAAAAUUGGAACGGAAUACUUUAAGAGGGGUAGAAAGGCAUAAUACUCUUUUACAGUAUUAUAACGAAUGUAGUUAUGCUAAGCAGAAAGCUAUUUGUGAUUAUAUUGUCAAGCUGUUGAAAAGCAAACAGAAGUGUAUUAUAUUUGCUCAUCACCAAAAUGUUUUAGAUGCUAUCUCAGAAGUUGCCGAGUCCAUGGACAUAAAAUAUAUUAGAAUCGAUGGGAAAACAAAUCCUGAACGUAGAAAAUAUCAAGUUGAUAAGUUUCAAAGCUGCGAUGAUUACUUAGUUGCAAUUUUAUCAAUUACAGCCGCUAACACAGGCAUUACUUUAACAGCUGCGCAACUCGUGGUUUUUGCAGAGCUGUUUUGGAAUCCCGGAGUUUUAUGUCAAGCAGAGGACAGAGUACAUAGAAUUGGUCAGAAUGAGAAUGUUGUGAUACAGUAUUUGGUUGCCAAACAUACUGCAGAUGAUUAUUUAUGGCCAUUAAUUCAAAAAAAGAUGAAUGUGUUAAACGAAGUUGGACUUGACCAAGAUUUUUCUCUUAAAGACAUUGAUGUAACAAAACAAACAUUAAGUACAAAACAAAAAACGUUAGAUUCCUUUAUGGACAGUAGUCAGUUCGAUUUCUCAAUUGAUGACGAGAUAGUACAAAAUAAUGAAAAUGAAAACAACGAAAAUACAGUCCAACAGACACUAGAAAGUUGUUCUUCUAUAGCAUCGCAAGACUUUAAAGAAUUACUGGAGUUCAGUGAAGAGGACUUUGACUUCAGUAAUUGGGAUAAUAUAGAAUAAAGCAUUAUUUUUGUAUGAUAGGUUGUUAACAUUGUGAGGAGUAUAUGAAUGAAUAUUUGAUAAAUAAAACAUUUAUUUUUUGAACAAUAUUUUGUAUGUUACAAUCGCUACUAAUAAAGUAGCCAAGUAGUAGAAUAAAAAAGGAAACAUUUCAGUAACUUA